AUGGCCUUUGGGUCGUACGAGGCACAUUUGGCGUCUUGCAUGCGCAAGUUCAAUAAGACUGGGUUUGUCCGAUCCUGGGAUUUUAAACUUAAGCCUUCUGCCAACUUGUUUGCCGGUAUGGCACGUGCCAGCGGGCCCAUGCCGCCUGUCAUGUCUGUGCCAGUGCCCAAGAUGGUGUCUUCCCAGGUUACCGUUGCUUCAGUUGUCAAGCUUGCCCUAGGCAGGGUCAGGCUGCAGGAUUCUUGGAGUGUGCACCUUGACAAGAAGCUGCGUGCUGCCAUUCAGAAGUGGGUGUCUAUCGUCCUUGAGGAUCCACUCACCUUUGAUGUUGGCCGCAGGUGUGCUGCCGCGUCCUGCCAGGAUUCCGCAGUCUCGCAAGGUUUGCUGCACACCUUUUCGGGCAAAGCUGCGGGUACACUGCACAAUCGUGCGGGACCGUUGCUCCGUUUUGUGGCGUGGGCCAAGAAGCGGCGUCUCCAGCCGCUGCCACUGAGAGAGAAAGACGUGUAUGAGUUCCUGCUUGAUUUGGAGGAUUCCAGCGCGCCGUCUUUCGGCAAGGCACUCAUGUCAUCGUUGGCGUUUUGCAAGUUCGUUUUGGGUGCUGAGUCUUUCUCGGACUCCCUUUGCAGUGGCCGCCUUACAGGGCUUGCGCGUGCCUCUUUUCUUAAAAAGAGGAAGAGGCGACAGAAGCCGCCACUCACCGUUGCUAUGGUCAAGAGGCUGGAGCGCCUUGUUGUGGAUGAGUCAGAUAAUGAUGUGGACAGGCUGUGCGCAGGCUUUUUCUUACUCUGCAUUUAUCUUCGUGCUAGAUACAGUGAUGGCCAGGCCCUGAUGAAUCUGGUUUUGGAUGAGCCGGACUCUUUCAUGGGACCCUUGCAGGGUACUUUCAAGGACCUCGCCAUUCCCGAGGGAGAAGAUUUUCCUCUCCUGCCCAGCCGUGGUCAGGAGGGCGGAUGGUCGGGUGUUCCGCCUACGGCCACUGUAGCCGCUGGUUGGUUGCGCGGGAUUUUGUCUGCCAGAGGUUUCCCUGAAGCCUCAAAGCUUGGUACUCACAGCUGUAAGGCUACGACUACGACCUUGUCUUGGAUGUCAAAGUACGGUGUUGAUGCGCUGCACCGGAGGAUUUUGGGAUAUCACAAGGCUCCGCAGGAUGAGAUGAUGCACAUCUAUGGGCGUGACAAUGUUGCGCCUGCUCUGAGGUCUCUUGAGUACGUGCUCGCCGAUAUAAGGAUCGGCAAGUUCCUCCCGGACACCACACGUUCGGGCUAUUUUCCAACUGAUCCCGAGCGCGAACCAGGUCCGGAGUUCAAUGAUGAACCGUCGGCCUCGGAGGCGUCACUGGACGAAGAGGACAACGUUCAGGACCUUCGUGCUGAAGAGGCUGCGGCUGAUGAGAUCAUACCGCCUUGGGCCGAGUUAUCUGUGGGAGACCCUGAUGCCCAUGUGUACAUCAGGCACAUCACUUCCCGCAAGCUUCACCGUCUCGCUGAUGAGGGCGGGAACCGACUUCGCUGUGGGAAGAGGUGCUCAAAGAAGUUCGAGCGUCUUGCUGAGAGGCCUAGGUUUAUGGCAGAUAUGUGCCAAAACUGUUUCAAGUGA